AUGAAUAGAGUAAAUCAAACCAAUGCUCCUUCAUUGAAUCUUUUCGAUGAUAUUAAUCGAUGGGAAGCUGUAGCAUUGGAAAAAGUUCAUAAAGCAGCUGAACGAGCCCGUCAACACCUUACUCAAUUGCUCACUGGAGAGAAAGAUACGUUAAUGAAAGAGUUUGGAAUAAUGACAAAAGAAAUUCGUGAUCGACGAGAAGAAGUUGAUUUUGAUGAAAAUGAUAUUGAGCGACUUCAAAAAAAAAUCAAUCAGAUGCAAAUAUCAUUACAACAAGUUAUACAACCAACAAAAACGAAAGCUAUCAUAAUGAAGAACGAUCAAAUCGAUUGGAAUCGACUCAUCUGUGUCGAAAAAGAAGCACCAUUACGUUCAAGUUCAAUUGAUAUUUAUUCGAAUGCAAAAUGGACACAAAAUGGUAUCACUGUGGCUGGAGGAAAUGGCCAAGGCGGUGCUGUCAAUCAACUAUCUCAGCCAGUCGGUUUAUUUAUUGAUGAUGAUCAAACUGUUUAUGUUGCUGAUUGUUCGAAUCAUCGUAUUGUGGCGUGGAAAUGUGGUGCGACAAAUGGCGAAGUAGUUGCUGGUGGAAAUGGAAUAGGAAAUGAAGCUAAUAAACUUAAUCGUCCAUACGAUGUGAUCGUCGACAAAGAGAGAGAUAGUCUCAUCAUCUGUGACUUUGAGAAUAAAAGAGUAGUUCGAUGGCCUCGUCGAAAUGGUACUAGUGGAAAAACAAUUAUUUCAAACAUAGAUUGCUACAAUUGCACCAUAGAUGAGAAUGGAUUUCUUUAUGUAGUAGAUUUUAGAAAUCAUGUAGUGAGACGAUAUCAAAUUGGUGACACUAAAGGCAUAGUUGUUGCAGGUGGCAAUGGACAAGGAGAUAGUCUCAAUCAACUCUCUUGCCCCCACUACGUAUUCAUCGAUCGAGAUCAUUCAGUAUAUGUCUCUGAUAAAGGAAACCAUCGUGUGAUGAAAUGGGAAGAAGGCGCAAAGCAAGGCAUAAUCGUAGCUGGUGGUCAGGGACCAGGAGCUGGUCUUACACAAUUGUCAUCUCCUCUUGGAAUUGUUGUUGAUCAAUUGAGCAGUGUCUAUGUGGUUGAUCAUGGGAAUAAUCGAAUUAUGCGUUGGCCAAAAGGUGCCUCACAGGGUAGUGUCAUUGCUGGUGACAACGGUUGUGGAGCGCAGAUGAAUCAAUUCAAUGGUCCCUUUAGCUUAUCCUUCGAUCGGCAUGGUAAUCUUUAUAUCACCGAUUUCCGCAAUCAUCGAGUACAAAAAUUUAAUAUCAAUUCAAAUUCAUAG